UGACAUUGACGCAUCCUUAUGACAGUCUUUUGCUUGUCACGGUGCGUGCUCAGGAAAACAACGCCGGGAAGACAUAUUUUGUUUCUGACGCACUGUUAUAGACCUAAAACAUAUUCAUUCAUUCCAAAGAAAGACUUUUCCUUCAGCAUGGCGGCUUAUGCAGGACAUAAAUUGGCAUGGGACCUUACCACAGAAAGCAUUGAAAAACAAGCCGCGAUUCUUAUUGAGAAAUCGAAAUCGGUUUACGAUGCUGUUGGUUCGUUGAAUAAGGACAACGUUACGUAUGACAAUGUUGUGAAGGUUUUAGCAGACAAUGAUUGUGAGUAUGCUGUUCUAAGGAACAAUCUGGACUUCAUGCAACAUGUGUCUCCCAACAAGGAACUCAGGGAUGCUAGUGUAGCAGCUGACAAAAAGCUUUCAGACUUUGAUGUUGAGAUGAGCAUGAGGAAGGAUGUCUUUGAUUCGGUUGUUGACUUCCAAGAAAAGAUGUCCGAUGGCAUGACCCCAGAGGCUACAAGAUUUGUUGAGAGGAUGAUUAAAUACGGGAAGAGGAAUGGACUUCACUUACCAAAGGAAACACAAGAUAGGAUAAAGAGCAUCAAAAAGAGAAUGAGUGAACUUUCUAUAGACUUCAGUAAGAAUUGCAAUGAAGAAAACACUGUUUUGGAGUUCACUGAAGAAGAUUUAGCUGGUUUAACAGAAGACUUUGUGAAGAGUUUAGAUAAGACUGAUGAUGGAAAGCUGAAAGUAACAUUAAAAUACCCUCAUUACUUCCCCUGUAUGAAAAAAGCAAGGAACCCUGCUACCAGAGAAAGGAUGGAAACAGCUUUUAACUCCAGAUGUAAAAAAGAAAACACAUCAAUUUUGGAAGAACUUGUACGUCUACGACAUGAGAAAGCUCAGCUAUUAGGCUAUCCCACCCAUGCAGCCUUUGUACUAGACAUGAGGAUGGCUAAGAAGGCAGAAAGUGUUGCAGCUUUUCUUAAGGAUCUGGCUUCCAAGUUACAGCAGCUUCAGGCUGAGGAAUUGAAACUUUUCUUGGAAUACAAGAAGGAGGAAUGUGAGAAGUAUGGGUUCCAGUUUGACAAUACUAUUCGCUACUGGGACCUGAAAUACUACAUGACUAUGUCAGAGGAGAAAAAGUAUGCUGUAGAUCAAAACAAACUCAAGGAAUACUUUCCUAUGCGAGUGGUCACAGAUGGAUUACUGGCCAUCUACCAGGAGCUUCUCAGUCUAAAGUUUGAGAAGAUAGAGGGCGCUCCAGCAUGGCAUGAAGAUGUAACCAUGUACAAAGUAAUCUGUAACAACUCCGGAGAACUGUUGGGAUACUUUUAUCUUGAUCUUUUCCCCAGAGAGGGGAAGUAUGGCCAUGCAGCAUGCUUUGGACUCCAGCCUGGCUGUUUACAAUCUGAUGGCAAUAGACAGGUUGCUGUAGCUGCAAUGGUGGCAAACUUCACCAAACCCACCGAGGACAAACCGUCUCUACUCACCCAUGACGAGGUUGAGACUUACUUCCAUGAGUUUGGUCAUGUUAUGCAUCAGAUCUGUGCACUGACAGAUUUUGCAAUGUUCAGUGGUACCCAUGUGGAGCGUGACUUUGUUGAAGCUCCAUCCCAGAUGUUGGAGAACUGGUGUUGGGAGAAGGAACCAUUGUCCCGGAUGUCCUCCCACUAUAAGGACGGCAGUGCCAUUCCCGAAGAUCUGCUGAGCAAACUCCUACAAAGUCGUAUUGCCAAUGCAGGAGUUUUCAACCUCCGCCAGAUUUUACUGGGUACUUUUGACCAGACCAUACACACUCAGGCUCAGGCUGACACAGCUUCCGUGUUUGCUAAGCUAUCUAAGGAGAUUCUAGGUAUCGAGUCAACACAGGGAACCAAUAUGCCUGCCUCGUUCGGCCACCUGGCUGGGGGAUACGAUGCCCAGUACUACGGAUAUCUGUGGAGCGAAGUUUUCUGUAUGGAUAUGUUUUACUCACGAUUCCGGAAGGAGGGAAUCAUGAGCCCAAAGGUCGGAGGUGACUACAAGAAAUAUAUUCUACGCCCUGGAGGUUCCAUUGAUGCUGCUGAUAUGCUGCGGAACUUCCUUGGACGAGAUCCCACACAAGAGGCCUUCUUAAUCAGUAAGGGUCUCCAGACCUCAUCAAACCUGUAACUUAUCAAUCUACACUCAACAUUGUAGGCUUUGAAAAUCAGGGAUUCCUCAGCAUAGAAUAUUUAUUGCAAUGCGUUAAAAUCACAGAACAUAUUACUAAAGAAUGCUAAUACAUUGUAUGUUAACAAGGGCAACAGUAAUUUCUUGGAAUAUUAUAUGUAUAUUAUAGGUAUACUGUAAUGACCUAAUGUUAGGAAAAAUUACAUUGUAGUAUGUACUAUUAUCAGACAAGCUUGUUAGCAUUUCACAUUAAGUAGUAUUAAAUGUGGAUCAGACAGAUUUUUUACUUAUCCAAGUGACAAUAAAAUGUGAAUCUUGCAGAUUUGUACUUAUCCAAGUUACAUGGGAAUGUGAUUUGGCAGAUUUGUGCUUAUUCAAGUAUUAUACAUUGUAAUGUGAAGCUGCCAGAUUUGUACUCCAAGUGACAAUAAAAUGUGAUCAGGCAGAUUUGUGCUGAUCCAAUCACAUUGUAAUAUUAAAAAAAAAGAAUUUAGCUUAUCCAAGUUGCAUUGUAAUGUGAAUCAGGCAGAUUUGUGAUCGAAGUAAUUACAUGUUAUUUGAACCAAAAAAUUUGAAAAUAAGUUGUAAUCUUUUUAUUUUGAUUAAAAUAUGAAUGCAUAAUAAUGUUUUUAUAUCAAAUGAGUAUGGCCAUUCACAAUACUGUUUUGUUCCAUUUCAUUAAUGUUGUGAUCAUGUUAUCUUUAUAUCUGAGGGUAUGGUGAAUCUUUGAUACAACCGCUUCACAAGCACUGUUAUAAACAGUACCUUCAAUAACUACAGAUUUUUUUUUUUUUCAUUAUUGAUAAUUUAAUUGUGUCAAUCACAUAACUAAUGUAGAAGUGUGACAAAGGUCCUUGAUGAAAACUAACACAAUAAACAACAUAUAAGGUACAAGAUUCAUUCUUAAAAAAGUUUGACAUUUUCCCAAUUUUGCCGGAUCUCAUUCAUUGCAUUUUGGGUCAACAUAUAGGCGGAAUAUAAAUCAAGGUUUCUGUAAUUUUAUAUACCAGUAAAUGUCUCAUAUGUUGCCCAGUUUGGAAUUUUAUAAUGUUGUCGCAUCAACAAUAUAUAUUUCUUGAUAAGCAAUAUACGCUAAUUUAUUCGCAGUCAGAGUUAAACUGAUCACAUAGUUAUGACAAAUAGGAAAGUAGCAGGUUUUCUUCCUAAAACAACAUUAUAUUUGAGAAAAAUUUGAUUACUACAGUACAUACUGUACUUAAAUGUACAAAUGUAUGUUAAUUUUAUUUUCUUAUUUCCCUAAAUAGACUUUAUGUCACCACUAGAAAUGGAAUAUAUGCUCUUAAUAGAGAAGUACAUCUGUGAGUGAGAUAUAAAACACUGCUUAUAACCAUGUCAUUACUGUUUUAAUGACUCAUAUUAAUUAUUUUGUUAAACACGAGAAUGCUCAACACGAGAAUGCUCGUGAUAAUAUAAGAUCUCUAUUUAUACAUGUAAGUCUGUGUGAAGUCUGUGUGAAUGCAAGUUAAGUGCUAUACAAAUCAUUUUUCUUUGAUCUGUAAUAAACAUGAUUAUUUCAUUUA